UAGAAAGGAGAAACAUCAUUACAUUUAGCAGCUUACAGGGGACGGUUAAAUGUAACCAAAUGGUUGAUAGAAGAAAAAGGAAUGGAUCCCAUGGAUAAGACUUCUGAGGGAGGUAAAACAGCAUUACACUUGGCAGCUGAGAAUAUAAUUUUUGGGUUGGAGAUAACACAAUGGCUUGUUGACGAAAAAGGAAUGGAUCCCAUGGAUAAGACAUUGCAGGAAAGUAAAACAGCAUUACAUUUGGCAGCUGAGAUUGGAAAUUUGGAGUUGACACAAUGGCUGAUUAAAGAAAAAGGAAUGGAUCCCAUGGUUAAAACAUCUAAGGGAGGUAAAACAGCAUUACACUUGGCAGCUGGGAAUAGAUAUUAUGAGUUGAAGAUAACACAAUGGCUUGUUAACGAAAAAGGAAUGGAUCCCAUGGAUAAGACAUUGCAGGAAGGUAAAACAGCAUUACAUUUGGCAGCUGAGAUUGGAAAUUUGGAGUUGACACAAUGGCUGAUUAAAGAAAAAGGAAUGGAUCCCAUGGUUAAAACAUCUAAGGGUAAGACCCCAUAUGACCUUGCAGCAGAAGACUCUGAUGAUGAGUGUGAAGAUGUGGUAGAAUACUUGCAGACUUUCAUGCCAAAAGAAGUAACACCAGGAACAUCUCAGCAGAAAUAUGCAAGACCAGCAGUUAGAGGUCUCCAAGAUAAUAUAAAGACGAUUUCGGAUAAGCAAUUUAAAAAUCUAUUAAAAAGUGGAACAUAUAAUUGUUUUUGGAAUAGAAUUUUUUUGACUGGUCGGUUUGCAGUGGGUAAAACAACUUUAGCCAAGAUUUUAGUCGGAGAUGAGGCCCCAGAACAACGCCAAUCUACAGAUGGCAUAUGGAUCUAUCUUGGAAGGGCUGGUAUGGACAUAAAAGAAAGAAGUUGGAUUUUUUUAGAGAACGGGACUAUUUUAAAUGCAACUAUACAAAGCUUCCUUAGGAGUAGAGAAAUGACACAUCGAGAUGCUGAAAAACAUAGUCACAAUAUCCCAACUGCGCCUACAGUUUUCAGCAAAACGUUCAAAAGUCGUAUACCGAUACCGAUGAAAGGUCACAUCUUUAAUACACAAGUACAGAGCUCGUCUUAUACAGGCGCCGUUAAAGGUGGUGACUAUAAUCCACGGGAAAAAGACAAAGCGUCAAAGUCUAAAGCUUUGGACAGAAUAUUCCCGAGUCGAAUACCGAUACCCCGUAAAGGUACAAAAAUCUCCGAUAUCAAAAAGCCAGAUGGCGGAAGAGGCAAGAUUAAAGAAACUUUGAUUACAGAAUCCUUGACGGACAGAAAAAUAUCAGAUGAGGAAAUUAUUAAACUUGUCCGCUCUGAAUGUAAUAAAGGAACUUACGAAAUGGUAGUUGUACCCAUAGAUUUGUGGGAUUUUGGAGGUCAAAAAAUAUAUCACAUGACUCAUCAGCUAUUCAUAUCAAGUAGAGGUGUAUUCAUCUUGAUUUUCAACGGUGGGGAAAAGAUUCAACAAGAAGACGGAGCCUACCUUGUCCAUUGGGUAAAUUCCGUUCUUACAUACUGUAAAACAUUGAAUGAAUUUGAGGAGUUUCCGAAAAUAUUAUUUGUGGCAACACAUAAGGAUCAAGUGAAAGGUGAUAUAGAGGAGCAGAGGCACUAUUUAGAAAACUCCAUUGAAAUACUCUUUCAAAAUCACGGAGGAAUAAAGCAUCUUCAGUAUCGACCACUUAUUUUUGUAGAUGCGAGAAACAAGGAAGACAAAGAAAUUGAUGUUUUGAAAAAGCAGUUAGUAGAAGUUGCAUUGAACCAUCCUCGUUGUGGAGAAUUGAUGCCGACCAAAUUUGUACCUCUUGAACUUCAGUUAGCAAAGAAAGGAGAGGAUACACAUAAAAUAAUUACAAUCGAUGAACUAAAAGACAUGAACAAACUAAACGAAAACAUGGCAUUAGAUAAUGACGAGCUGAAACUGUUUCUGAAGGUUAAUCAUGCUUUAGGAAAACUGAUCUACUUUGACGAAGCUUUCCUGAGAGAUAAAGUUAUCAUAGAUCCGGUAUUUUUGGUAGAUGUACUACGUUCAAUUGUAACCGAGGAACAGUUUUGGCCACAACAUCUUCUUCCAACAUUUAAAGCACUUAAAGACAGUGGAAAACUUCAGAAACAGGAUUUAUAUGAAAUAUGGAAACAAGAAUGCUUCCAGACGAUCAUAGAACAUAAGGAAUAUAUGGUAGAAAUGCUUGUUCAUUUGGAUAUAAUUUGUAGACAAAAAGACGAUACGAAUGGAUCUGACUUUUUCUUAAUACCAUGUAUGAUUAGUACAAAAAGAGAAGACAACUUAGAUAUACCGUUUGACAGAAGCAUUCAUUUGGCGUAUACGUUUCGGGACGAAAUUGUACCACCAGCUAUUUUAUACAAGUUUAUCGCGACUUUUGUAACAAUAUGGAAGUUACAGAUUAGUAAAAAUGCCAGCUUGAUGCUUUUUACUGACAGUGCUGAUGUAAGCAUUGACAAAGAACAUGAUAUGAGAUUUGACCUUCAGAAAAACAAAUUAAUAAUUACUCUUUCACACAAUACAAGCCGGACCUCCAUUGUAUCGACAAUUGCAUCAACAGCUCAGGAAUGUCUUACACAUGCUAUUACACAAAUUUCAAACUUUUAUUUCUCAGUUACAGAGGAUUCUGCUUGUACUUUGGAUUUGCCCUUUACAAUUCAGAUUGGUAUAGUUUGUGAUGGAAAUCUUUGCUUUUUUGACCACAAAUUUUCAUCUAUGGAUGAAUGGAUAUGUCCAGAUCAUAUAAGAAAACACAAGACAUAUAUUGUGUCCAGAUGGUUUGCAGACAAGCUACCGGCAAAAGAUGACAGAUGCUCUGACAAUUGUCUUGGUUUAGACAAAGCAUGGUUAGACAGCCUACCUGAUGACAAACAUCUUGGACGCCUAGCAGCUGAAUUGACAAUAGAAGAAACAUUGAAAAUGUAUAUGCAUUUAAAGGAAAGAAAACCAUCGCAGUCAUGGAAAAAUAUUGAGUCGUAUAGCAGAGGAGAUUUUGAUAUCAAAAUUAACGCUCUACAUGAUUGGAAGAAGAGUACAAAACACGCUACUUUCAGGAAGCUCCAGGAAAGUCUGAAGGAAGAAGAACUUAAUAUCCACAUAUUAUGUCAGAUUUUGAGAGAUGUUCAAACAGACGUAGAUCUACCAAAAGACAAGUUGAAUCUUAAACCAUCGAGUUCCGAUGUAAAACUACUGCCUAAUCAUAUUGGUAGGGAAACAUUCCAGCUUGGAAUAGAACUUGGACUAUCUGUUGUUAAAAUGCAUCAGAUACAAUCGAAUCAUGUGACAAAUCUUCGUGGACAAACAGAGGACGUCCUUAACAAGUGGCGAAAAACUGAAAAAGCUGCGUAUGAAGUUUUAGCCAAGACUCUUUAUCGCCUUGAUUUGUGUAGUGUUUUGUCAUACUUUAGUUAUGACGUAGGAGUAAAGGAGCAACUUGAAGAUAUAAUCAGGAAUAAUGAAAGCAGAAUCAAACGGAAGAUUGAAACCAACCAGAUUUUAGAUCAUAUGAUGACACAUUUGGUGAUCUCAGUAGAUGACAGACGCCGCAUUGAACAACAUGCAGGGCAAGAUGAUAGGAACAAAGCAUUGCUUGAAAUAAUACUAGAAAGGAUAGAAGUUACUUAUUUGGUGUUUUUAGAUGCACUACAAAACAGUGGAUACACAAAUCUAGCAGAUCAGUUGAAAUGUGAAAUACAAGAUUUGAGCCAAAUUGCAACGUUAGCAACAACUGAAAAUGAAGGAAUAUCAAACGUGGCUGUGCACGUGUUUGUGGUUCAACUACAGAAGAAUUACUCAAACAUCAUCAACAAUGUAAUGUAUGAGACAAUAGAAGAUCAUCUAAUGGCAAGUGAUGUCUUGACAAUUGAGGAUAACCAAAUGGUAAAAUCCGGUUCUACCCAGGAACAAAAGAACAGGGAAUUAAUGGACAAACUUUUGCGCAGAGGUGAAAAAGAAUUUACUGAAUUUCUGACAGCUUUGCGAGUUGAUAAUGCAGAAUUAGCGGAUCAAAUAGAAAAAACGGAAGUUACAAGCAGAAAUAUUUCAACCAUUCAAAGUUGCUACAAACAAUCCGAGGGAAUAUAGUUUGAAGAAUUCUGUACUUGAAAAACUAUGUAAAUUAAUACAAAUUGAAAAUAUGACAAAUUUCUGCUCAUAAACAUAAGGGAAAGUCCAGUAAAGUCAAUUUCUUGUGCUUUAAAUACAAAAAAAAACAUGAACGGGAUAUAUCACAUUACAUCGUUUAUAUGUUUACAAUGCAUAAUUAUGUAAGACAGCAGUACUACUAAAAUCAAAUGUUGCAUGUCCAAUACUGAUAAUACUAAAAUCAAAUGUUGUAAUCUAUAAAAAGUCUCCUAUAACAUUUGUGAUUUAAACCAUGAAGAUCGACCAACCUGACCACUGCGUCUUAACAAAAAACAUAGGGGGUACAUUGCGUAAUUAGGCUUAUAUCUCAAAAACUAAAGCAAUUUGUGACAAUCAGCAUUGAAACGAUGGUCAGCACAAUACGGUUAAACAAUGUAGAAAAUUGUAUUUGAAUAAUUUGUCAACCUGUCUUAAAGUUAUUGCCCUGAAAUGUUUUUUUUUUCUUCUUUUUUCUUAGUUUUUGACUGUUAUGUUGAAAAAGAUAGGAUCAAAAUUAAAAGUGUAAAUUACAAAACAUAUUCAACACAGCAAUACUAAUUUACUUCAGCAAUUUCAGAAAAUAGGGAAUUAUUACCCCUUAGAGAGUACUUUUUACCGAUAUUUACAGUUUUAUUCACAGUUUGUGUUACUGGUAUCUUAAAACUAUUGGCGCUAGGUUGAAAUGGAAACUGUGACAAAGUGAUUAGCACACAAUAUUUACAUGAUUUAUGUACCUAGAAAAUCUGGUUACUACUUUUACAUGUUUUGGGGGUGUUGUCUCUAAUGUCAAUAUAUACAGAUUUUCACAUUUUCCAUGUUUUAAGUAAAUUUGGUAACAUUGACUUUUAUUACUUGAGAAACUGAUGUUGUUUUUAUUUUUAAUAGAAAAAUAUACAGUGUUCUCAUUAUGUUGCUUUCUGUAGAUAAAUAGAUAUAUGGAAAAUUAAAGGAAAUAUGUUAAAUUGCAAAUAUUAAUUUUGACCGAUUUUGGCAGUUUUUGGCUAUUAUAUUGUAUAUUAUUUGAGAUAGGUUAAGAAUGUAAAAUGUAGAAUAUUAUCUAUCAGCUCAUUCACUGAUCUGAUUUUUAAAAAUUCACCUAAACCGCAUAGUUGAUAAGGAUAACUAUACAUAAAAGUGUAUGAUAAUGUUUCAAGUUUAGCUCAGUUAUGAGCUUUUGGUAUCGUUUGGUGACCCUUUUUAAAAAAUCAUCUCCUCUUAAAUUACUAGACUAAUUUGAAUGAUGUUUAACGUGAUUCAUGUUUUGGUAUCUAUAAUUUUUUUAUAUCUAGAAUUUUUGUUAAGUCAACAUGACAUAUAUAAAGGGGCAUAUUUUAAGUAAAUUUGGUAACAUUGACUUUUAUUACUUGAGAAACUGAUGUUGUUUUUAUUUUUAAUAGAAAAAUAUACAGUGUUCUCAUUAUGUUGCUUUCUGUAGAUAAAUAGAGUUUCAAACUUGCUUCUUAUGUCAUUUUUCCAUGUGGCACGUUUUGCAAGAAAUAAAGUUUUGAACAGUAAUUUUAGGAAAACAAGUGCAAAACAUAAGUAUUAACUAUGAACACAUUCUCGUAGGAACAUUUUCAUUUGGAAAUGAUUUUCUUGUAAAGUUAUGAACAUUUACUUUCUCAAAUAGGAAUCAAAGUAUUGGGUCACAUGAUACUACCGCACCCGAUUUAAUGUAACAAAUUCAAUGUUUUGAUUAUGCAUUUGGGGUGGCUACUUUGAGUAGCAAAAAGAGGAUUGAGUUUGAUAUGUCUGAAGAUUCUAUAAAUAUAUGUUUUUCCUGAAUCAUUACAUCAAUGUAAAUGUGGAUUAUUUGUAAAUAUAAGCGAUUAAGGAAUCUUUGAACAUCUAAACAUGUUUAUAUUGAGAUGAUGGGCUCACGAAUCAUUGUAAAUAAAAAUGGUUAUAUAAUCUUAUAAGCUUUUUUUGUAUAAUUCCACCUUAUGCAAUAAUGCUGUAUUUUGAUUGGAUGAGUGGUAUUUUUCACAAAUUUUCUAUAUAUUGAGAUUUUCUUUUCUCUGUCGGUUUAUUUGUCAUAAGGGAAUUCCAUGUGCCGGGGUAUAUGCUAGCAAAUACCAUGGCAGAUAGGAAAUACCAUGUCUAAAAAUAACGUGACGUCUGAAGACCUCUGGACUUUUCGUUGAGAUGGAUACAAAGAACAUUCGGUGGAAUUAAACAAUUAUAUCAUUCUUACAACGAGUAUUUUUCCAAAAAUACCGGUUUCGAGGUAUACAAAUUUCCUUCGCCUAACGGCUCUGUGAUAUUCAAAUUUAUUUAGUGCUGAUUUUAGUGUUUGAUGUACUUGUUUGCCUCUUGUCAUCAUGGUCAUGAUGUGUACUUGCCAAUAAAAUAGUGAACGAAA